UCCAUGGAAUUUUCAGUGUUGUCCUCUUUCAAGGGAUGUAUUGAUGAUAGUUUCUGGUGUUGUGCCAUGGCGCAGGGGCCUUUCUAUGCGCCAAAGAGCAGUUCAUAUGUACCAGGAGGACAAUACUUGCACUGCCAAACUCUGAACAUCGAUGACUUCCAGUUCACCGUCCUUUGGAACAAAAGAUGUUUUGCCUCAAAGAUGGUCAAUGACUUAGUGAAUCACUUCAGUGAGAAAGAUCAGCUUUUGCCAAAAGGUCGUGUUUGGGUUUCAGUUCAAGAUUCAAAAAGAUUGAAAUGCUGUGAUAGCAGACAAAGAUGUUUAAAGGAGUAGUUGUUGUUGACAUACCAUCAGAGGUAUUCUUUAAAUUUAGAAUAGUAUUUGGCAUGUUUCUCAUUGACUAUAAAUCAUGAUGUUUAACCUUAACCUCUUGUGUGAGUUUAUUGAUCUUAAGCAAAGUUUUUUGUAGCAUUUCUCAAAUUUCGAUUUCCUCGCCCAUAUUUCCCAUCAUUUAAAUUGCUGCCAGCUUAUUAUUGUUAGGGUUAAACUUGCUACUAAAAGUAUGCAAGUUUUUUGUUUUGGAUUGAAUUCUUUUCUUUUUCCUUUCUUUUCUGAGACUAAAAGAGAAAAACUGAAAUUUUAUCAGGCAGGAAAAAUUUCUGGCGGGAAAGAAAUUUGCCAUGGCCAGGUGCAGGGUUUUAAUAAGCAACAUAUGCCAGUUAUGAAAACGAUGGUUAAUCCUCCACUGGUAGAUAGGUUACUUGUAAGCUUCGAGUCCUCAAUCAUGUAGAAUUGAACCAUGCUCCAAGAACCUCAUCUGCUUACCAGUUUGCUACUUCACUCAAAGAACUGAUUAUUUGUACAUAUGCUGCUAAGGCUUGGGAUUUUUUUUUGCAGGAGGACUUUGCACCUUUAUAGUGGCCUACUUUUGCUUCAAGCGUUCUUCAGCUUGUUGUACUCCAGCCAGCUGAUUUGGUCAAGACUAAAAUGUUCUGCACUGGAGAUUGAAAUUAUAUCUGGGUUAGGUGGAGAAACUUGUUAGUGAUGGUAUGACCAUUUUAUUUAUGUUAUGUUGUACUCGAAUGUUGUUCUAAUUUGUGUGUUUCCUGUUUAUGUGGAUGAAAUAAAAUUUGAAAAUUUUUUUAAGGUUAAAAAUAUUCAUAAGUAAAAAAUUAACAGGAAAAAAUAAAGAAUUGAUGUUAAAAUAAAAUUUGAACAAUGAAUAAAAUUGAGGUAUCAAAUUUUGUGACUGCAAUACAGUGGAUACACAGUGAUGGCCAAUGGAGCUCUUGAUUUGCAAUUGGUGUGGUUCAAGAAUACAAAGAUGAUGAUUGUUUUCGACCCUCUUGACCGGGCAGAAGCCAUGGAACAUCCUCGGCGAGACCCUCCAAUCUUUCUUGCUAAGUGCCAGCUUUCUUGGAAAGGUUUGGUGAAUUUCAGUAUUGUGACUGUGUAUGUGGAAGGGUUUUUACCAUCACCAGUGGGAUUAUGGGUGGAGCAGCUACGGUACAACUGCCGUGGGAUGGGAUACUGGGAACAAAGAAUGUAUUAAGAAAUGCGAGGUAAGAAAAGUCUCUUUGUAAGAGAGGCUGGGGCUAAUAAUAAGUGAAGUUGAUAAAUAAUUGGUGUGUAGCAUGGCAGCGUAUCUGAGCAUACUGCAGAAGCUAAGGGCUCAUUAUGGGAUUGCUUCUAUAGGUAACACUUAUUCAGAUAAGUGCUCUUACUAGAAAAAUGUUGAAAUUUUUGUAACAAGUUCAAGCGCUUCAUUCAAA